CUGUUGAGGGGUGAGUUGACCUGAGUUGGGGAUAGCCGGUAAGUUAUGAAAGUCAACAGUGAUAUACUCUUGGAGGGGAGAAAAAUAGUCCUAGUACCUUACAGAAAGGAACACGUUCCAAGAUAUCAUGACUGGAUGCAGUCACCAGAACUGUUGGAGCAAACAGCAUCUGAAAGACUGACACUGGAUCAGGAAUAUGAAAUGCAACAGAGUUGGUUCUUAGAUGAAAACAAGUGUACAUUUAUCAUCUUGGACAGAAACAAAUGGGUCCAUCCAGAAGUUACAGAAAUAGAAUGUAUGGCUGGUGAUGUCAAUUUGUUCUUUGAUGACAGCCAGCAAGAAGUUGCAGAGAUAGAAAUUAUGAUAGCAGAACCAUCUUGUAGAAGAUGUGGACUUGGAAGAGAAGCCCUAUUAGCCAUGAUGAACUAUGGUGUUACCUGCCUAGGAGUAAAAAAAUAUGUAGCGAAGAUUGGUUGCGGUAACGAACCAAGUUUAGCACUUUUCCGCAAAUUGGGAUUUGUUGAGAUUUCCAUCAGCGAAGUAUUCAAAGAGGUUACACUGGAGAUGCAAGUAACCCAGAGUGUGAAACAACAGCUUACUCAGGCAACCAGUUACAUUCUUCAUCACAAGUAUCCCUACAGACCUACUCAGAACUCGGAUAAAAACUUGUAAUCAGUCAUGGAAGCUAUGGGAGAAUUCAUCAAACAUGUUUUGUUUUCUCGAUCUCUGCACUUGCAGAGUCACAGAACUUCCGAGAUGUCGGAUACAAGGACACGAUCUUUUCACACCGUUUUUAUCAUGUGACAGGCCGAAUGUCUGGAACAUAGAUUUCAGCAUGAAAUCGAAUGUUAUUACAGUUGCCAUUUAAGCGCGCAAGGAUACCUAAAGGUUACAACAGCCCUGUUCUUAGUGGACUUUGAAAAAGAGGAACAUUGCCUUUUUGUCCAGUUUCUGAAAUAUUCUGUUCAUAAAUGUAUGGGGACGACACGAGAAGAAGUCAUUCACUUGAUGAGAGCAGAGUUUCUCCUUGGUAUGUUAAUAAGGAAAUCAAAGUCGAUCUGAGUUACUUUGCCUUCCAUUGCAUCACCAACACUCGCAUUCGUAGUUAGUGAGCUCGAAGGCCCGUGUCUUUAUCACUGAUACACAUUUGCAAUCCAGUUUAAUCCUCUUUGUCCUGAGCUAUCUUUGUUUUUAUUCGGUUUGUAGUCAUCUUUUUAUUUUUUGUACUUUUGUACCCGCAGAGAAAAGACUAAAAACACUAUGACGUAACCCUUUUAUCAUCUCUCGAUAUAGUCCCCCCUCCUCCCCCCUCCGUAUUCCUACAUUCGUAAUAGAUAUUUUGGUAAAGGAGAAAUAAUUGCAGUUAGCAAUGGUUAUAUACACUAUUGAAGCAAUUGUGAAAUUGAAAUUAGAAUCACAGAAGAGGAAAAUUACCCUUGCAAAGGGUUCGAACCAUGAUCGUCACUCGUUUUCCAAUGAAUAUAUCCGGGAGGAAUCCCUGCUUUUUUUGUUUACUUCCGUGUUGAAGAACUCCACGGGACUCCCGAAAGUAUCGCAAGGAGACAACCUUGAAAAAA